CACGUGCCCCGAUCCGCCCCUUCCCUCCGCCGACGCCAGCGUGGGCGGGUCUGGCUGGUUCGUGCGUCACGUGACGCGAGGCGCCGACAUGGCUCAGACAGCGCACCGGCGGGGCCAAGCCUUGUUUGUCUCCUAGGCAACUGCACGGCGCCUGACUGGAAAAGGCGCGUUUUCUGCUGGCAGAGGCGCCGGAAUGGUGUUGGGUGGUCUUCUGGUGAUUCAAGAGCAAAAGCAAGAAACAUUUGCUACAGCUGUCAAAAUCUUUUUGCUAGUAUUAGCCAUUUUUCCCAUGGUUCUGGCAGUUAAAGUUGAGUUGUGACAAUGGCUCAUCGGUUUUCAAAAGAAGAACUAGAUGAGCAAUUUGAACAGUUUCUGAAAGAGUCUCUUUCAGAUGAUUCGUUUGGACAUUCAAAAGAAAAGUCCAGUGUUCUUGAGACACUGGGGAAACCCAGUAGGAAAGAAUCGAAAAAAAAAGAUGCUGUGCCAUGGUGGAUAGCUGAGGAUGAUUCUGAUGAUGGUGGAAUGCUUGGGACAAAUGGAAGCUUUCUCAAGUCACAAAAGAGUUCCCAGCCCCUUGCAGAAACAGAUGAGGGUGCUCGUGUAGAAAUGAUGCAGCUUCAAAAAAAUGAUGGUGUUUCUGUUUCCUUAAGCAGAGAUAGCUUGGAAACUAAUGAUUCAGUUGUGGCCUCUGGGCCUAAUCCAAGCAUUUUAGGAGUUGGAUUGGAUACUUUGGAAGAACAAGAAGAAAAAGAGAGGUUCUUUGCCAAACUUGAGAAAGGAGCUUCAUCUACCAUUGAUUAUUCAAGAUUAAACAAAGAGCUGGAUUCUAAUGAUUCUCUGGUAUUAGCACCAUUUAGCCGGAAUGAACAGGCUGUUGAACAAAUGGAAGAGGAAAAGGAAUCUAAACACAACGAGAGAUCUGAAGAUUAUAGUGAAGAUUUUGCAGACGAGGAAGAUGCUAUUACUCCUUCUAAAAGUGAAAAUAAUCAAGUUAAACAAACGACAAGAUCAGAUGAUGACUUAAGUGUCCAACGACAGGAAGAAACACCUGGGAUGCUGGCUAAAGUUGUAUUGCUUGAUUCACAAGACUCUACUAUGGAAGUUCAGAAGGUCUCUGAACAACAGGGUGUAGCUGUGACUGAACAUCAAACAUCUCAAGAAGUUGCUGAGAGUAAAAUGAACAGGAGUGGUGUUUCCUGUGUGCAAACUAACAGUGACAUUGAAGCAUUACAUCAGGCAUAUUAUCAUAUUGAUCAGUCUUUAGGAGACACAGAUGAACAAAGAAUUCAUAUCGGUGUAAUGGAAAAUAUAGAAUGCUUUGUCCAGGAUGGUUCACAAAAUAAUGAAGCUGGUGCAAAAAAUGCUUCAACUACUGAAUCAGAUUUACCUACUAUAGAAGAGUUAAUGAAACCUAUUAAAGCAGAUUCAUCGUAUGCCAGAGGCUUUGACCUGGAGUCUAUAAGCAGAAUGAAACCAGCAGACAGCAAAGCAGAUGAAUGUGUCAGCCAUUUGCCAUUUAAAGAGAACCAAUAUGAUACAGAUGUAGAGAAACAAAGUUUAGAUGUUUUGUUUAAAGAACAUAAUAAAGAAGAGAACAAUUUUCUGUGGGCAGCUGUAAAUGAUGGUAGUGAAAGUAGCAAUCAAAAAAGGACUGAGAGAGAAGUCCAGACUGAGAGAGUGCAGCUCAACAUACUGAGACAAAAGUUAGCACAAAAUUCUAUCCUGUUGCGUCAAGAUGAAAAAAUGAAUCAAGCACAUCUGUCCAGCUCUUGGAAGCAUGAUGGAUUACAAUCAGUGACCAAUAAACAAACAGUGUACAAGAACACUAGAAAUACUGCUUCUUUACAUAAGAGGAAAUCUGUAUAUGGAGCAGUUAGAAGUUCUGGAUAUGGUAAAUCCAUUUCACCUUUAAAACAACUUUCCACAACUAUUGAAAAGAAAACAUCAAAAGAUGCUUUCAGAAGGACAAGUUUAAAAGCUAAAUCACCUGCAGAUAAAGCAAAGCCCAAAGAAACAUUAUUUACUACUAGGGUAAUAUCUGCAGUAAAGGAACCAGCUUCUAAAAAGGGUAUUAAUGUGGUUACAUCUGACCACUCAGCUAUAAAAGACCUUGGGCAGCAGAUGAAGGAUGUGGAUUCCUGUGUGCAGUUUCAACGUGAUUCCUCAUUUGUAUCUGUCAACAAUAAUGUGAGAGAGCUUUAUUUGUUAAGAAGAGUACAGGCAGCAGAGGAAGAGUUGAAUUCAGCACAUGAUGUAAUUCAGCAUUUAAAAGAUGUGGUCUCUCAGAAAGAGAAGGAAAUGGAGAAUAAGAUGGUGGAAAUGAAAAUGCAGUCUGAUAAAGAGCUUUCCCAGCUGAGUCAAGAAAAUUAUGAACUUCAGACCAAGUUAAAAAGUGUGGAGGAACUGAACAAAGGAAAGAAAUGGUUCCAGCCAGAGAUGACAGAUCCUAUCACUGAAGAAAAGUUAAAAGAAAUACAGAAGGAAAUUCAAGAUCAAGAGACCCUUCUUCAAGGUUAUCAACAGGAAAAUGAAAGGUUAUACAAGCAAGUGAAAGAGCUACAGCUACAAAACAAGAAAAAUGAGGAAAGGAUGUUUAAAGAAAAUCAAUAUUUAAUGUCUGAAUUAGCAUCCUUAAGAGAAAAGAUGGAUCAAAAUAACUUCCAGUCACAGUUAGUGCAGGAUUCUGAGCCAGUAAGAAACCAAAGUUUCUCAGAAUUGAUUUCAGAACUUCGAGCAGCACAGAAAGAAGAAACCAAACUGCUGGAAGAGAUAAAACGGCUUAAACAAGACAAACAAGCCCUUGAAGUAGAUUUGGGACAAAUGAAAAGAGAAAGAGAUCUGGCAAGAACACAGUUUUUUUCUGCUUCAGGCGAGAAGAAUUAUGAGAUAAAGAUUAUGGAAGAAUCAUACAAACAAGAAAUUAGUAAUUUGAAAAAGAGGUUGCAGUGGUAUGCAGAAAAUCAAGACCUUUUGGAUAAAGAUGCAGCACGUCUUAAAAAUGCAAAAGAAGAAAUUGAGAAAUUAAAACUACAGGUUGAGAAGCUCACAACAGAAGCUGGGAAUCGGUCUGUGCAACAGAAGAAACGUUGGAAGGACAGGGCAGCAGAUGCUAAAAGAAUUCAAGAUCUCGAGCGACAGAUUAAGGAAAUGGAAGGGAUUCUGAAGAGAAGGCAUCCAAAUUCAUUGCCUGCUUUAAUAUAUGCUGCUGCAGCAGCCUCUGAAGAAGUUGAUGUUUCAGCUAAGACCAAUACAAUUGAUUUUCUAGAAAGAAGAAUAAAAAAGUUAGAAACAGAGUUAGAGGGGAAAGAUGAGGAAGCUAAGAAAAGUCUCCGUGCUAUGGAACAACAAUUUCAAAAAAUAAAGCUUCAGUAUGAGCAAAGACUUAUAGAGCUUGAAAAAUUACUUGCUUCGAAGUUGAUGAAUGAACCCCAGAAAUUGCAUGACAACAAAUGCGGUUUUAUAACACUUGAGCAAGAACUUAACAAUGAAAGAGAGACCUAUCAGAUCACUAUAAAAAAUCUUCAAACAGAAAUUGAAAAUCUUAAAGAUCAAAACUCCCAAUUAAAACUGAAAAGUGAAAGAGGUGAUAAACAUUUAGAGAACCAGGUGGAACAAGCUAGUGCAAAAGCCAGGUUGGUAAAAUUAAAUCAAGAACUGGUCACCAAAAGUAAAGAAAUACAGGACCUUACAAAAACGGUGGAGAAGCUUCAGAGAGAGAGAAGGAGGAUGCUGUGUGAUCAGAAUUCAAAUGACAAAGCUGACAACAGUGAAAAGUCCACAGAGAUUUUACAGAAGGAUACUUCAGCAACAGAUAAAAGGAAAUCUAGCAACCAUGAACCUUUUCCCAACACUCUCGAUGAAAAAAUAUAUCAACCACAUACCUUUGCUGAUCCCCAUAUUUCAGAAGUUCUGCAAGAAAAUGCAAAGUUGAAAGAUGAGCUUGAAAGAUUGUCUCUAGAAAUGAAGCAGGAGCAAGUGAAGUCUCAAGCAGCACUGGCUUAUUCCGAAAAUAAUGUGCGCAGGAUAAAAGAAGAGAUGGCUGAAUACAUCACAGCUCUUAAAGCAUCCCACCAGAGAGAAGUAGAGAAAAUUCUUUGCCAGCAUGCAAUGGAGCAUUCCACUUCUAAACUAGCAAAACUAAAUAGCAAAAUUUCAACCCAAGAGAUCCUAAUAAAACAUCUCCAAGAACAAGUUAAAGAGCUACAGAGGGAUCAAGAAGCCUUAGUAGUUUCACAGAUGCGAGAGGAAAUCUUACAGAAGGAGAUGGCAAAAUUACUAAAAGACUUGAGAGAAGCUAAGGAGAGCCAGAGUCCUGAAAUGAAACGCUUCUUGUGCCUAGAAAGAAAAAUCAAGCAUAUGGAGACCAGACAUGACCAAAGAGAACAAGAACUACAGCAGGUGGUGCAACAGACACAGCAUGUUGCUGAAGCACAGCAAAUCCAGGAGAUUGAGAAAUGGAGGAAACUUGCUCAAAUAAAGAAUCAGGAGCUGGAGAAAUUUCGAGUGGAAUUAGAUUCAAUACUGGAUGUUCUACGGGAAUUACAGAAACAAGGAGUUAUUAUUCCAGCACCUAUUUCCAGUGGGUUAAACAUACCAGGAAGUUAUUGGAAGUUGUGAAUGGGUAAUAGUUCAUCAGAGAAGCAGAAUUUUAAUCUAGACAGUUGGGGGUAGGAAAGACUACUGAAAACAACCAGAGGUGCAUUAUUUGUAACUACAGGUACUUGAGUAACUGGAUUUCCCUGGUCUCAAAAUGAAGCACUGUUCCCCCGGACCUCACUCCCUAACACGCUCGGCUGAGCAUCCAGAACUCCAGGAUUAGUGGGGCAGGAGGGAUAUGUCCAGUGUUAAACACCUGUCCCAUUUAUCUCAUGGGACACGAGCUUCAUUGACCAAACUGACAGGACAUCUGGGACAGGUGUACAAAAUGGGACUGUCUCAGCCAAAACAAGAUGUGUAGUCUCCCUAUUAUUGUCAGCUCAUUUUCAACUGUUUGCCUAAAGAUGAGUUUUCACUGAACAACAGACCAGUCUUGUAUUUUCUUUAUCAGUAAGCAGUGAAGUUGUGUGGUGUCAGAAAGAAUCGUAAAACAUUUAAGUCAUUUGAAUUAGAUAAUUUGGGUUUAUUCAUAUGAGGAAUUAUUGCAAAUAUUGUGGAACUUGACUGAAUAUUUUGAUGUGUAUAAUGUAGGUCAUGUUGCAUAGUUUGCUUUCUAGAUUGCUCAGUUGCAUUGAUUCCCUUGCAUCAGAUUCCUCUGAGAAAUCUACCUAAUAUGACCUUUGUAAAACAAAAUAGCUAAACCCAGCAGUAUCAGCUGUAUAAAUUUUGAAGGGUAUAAGAUCUGCAUUGUAUGUUUCUAACAUCUCAUCUCCCUUUUCAUAUGGUAUUCACCCCUCUCCCUUUUUGGGGCCCUUUUAAUUUCUCCAAAUGCUUUAAAGAAGGAAAGAUCUUCUCUUUACAACAGGAAUUACCCCAGAAUUGGAAGAGCUUUCUUUCAAUUUGGGGGUGUUUCCUACAAAUUGAAAUGCCUUGUGGUAAUCCUAUGUUAAAAUGUAUUUUGUUUACAUUUGAUUAUUGAUGAUGAACAGAGCAAAGUUAGAAUAAUUUAAUUAGAAUAAUUUAAUUCAUACCUCUUCCUCAAAACAUACACAUCUCAGAAUCUUUUUGUAGGGACCAACAGUGAAAACAUCUUUUGUUAGAUUGUGUGGGCAUGUGACAGUAUGUUUGUGAUUAAUAUAAGAAUAGAUUAUCUACCAAUUUGCAUUGUGUAGGUUUAAACUGAAACCAAUUUGAAUGUCCAUAGUUAAUGAAUAGUAUAAUAUUUGCUCUUUAACAUACAUGCAUGCUAUGCAAAGAAUGUAUCUAUAAAAAUAUACACGUUAUGUAAAUAUUUGCAGUUGUAUGUGUAAAGCUGUGAUAAGGUUGGGAUCAAAACAGUUAUCACAUUGGAUACCUCAUGUUCAGAUGUUUUUUACUAUUUUUAAUGUUUAAUUUUUCUAAAAAAAAAGUGUUGUUUUUCCAGGAACAACCUAAAAGUUUUAAUAUGUGCUUGUGUAAAUAAGGCUAUGAAAAUUUGUAUGUAAAAUAUUAACAGAGUAAAUGUAUUUUUUUAAUCUGCAAGUUGUCAUCAUUAUGUUUGCAAAUGAAAUACUAAAAAGCAGAUAAUUUCAA